AUGGAGGCGCAGAAGAGUGGCGGCAAAAGAGCGUUUCCACCGGCCUCGCUAUUUUCCUUAGCUCCUGGCGUGGAGGAGGGGGAUGGCGCCGCGGCGUUAGGAAAAAAACGGAAAAGGAAGGCCUUUGACGCCCUUGUUUACUGGUGUGCCACGCACCAGCAGGCUGCCACGCAGCCGUUCUCGUUGAUCGAGGCCACAAAUACGCUGACGGCAGCAUCUGUGCAUACACCGUCAUCUUUAGAGUGUGAUGAGGCUGUCUUGCAGUGGCUGCAGAAGUGUUCAGGCAGUCUCACAUGCGGGCAAUCUCUGCUUGUGUGCAGUUUUGUGUGUGAGGUGCUCCUCUGCCGCUUGGAUGCCGCCGCCGCGGAAGCAGCGGGCGGACGACGACGCGAAGAAGCUGAAGCGGGGACGGAUCUGCUGCUUCAGCGGCAAGUGAACGCGUUCACAAACAGGAUAGCAGCGUUGCUUCAGCGUGCCAAUGGUAGCGAUAAGUUGGAGUCGCAGCCCCUUUCUAUUCUCGCGAGUUGCGCUUACGGGGCGCAUCGUCUGUCGUGCGUGGAAAGCCCAUUUCUUGGCGAGGCUGAGAAGGCGUUGUUGAAAAUCCCCCCAGCGGUGAUGUUCGCCAUUUUGCAUCAGUUGCGUGGCGACGAAUUGAGGAAGCUGUUUCAGCUGGAGGAGCAGGUGGCUGUGAAUGUUUGCCUGACACUUUUGUUUAUCGUGGAUGAAGAGCGCCGUCAGGCCUUUCUUCCUGGAGGCGACACGGUGAUUGUGAACGCCAUUCUGCGCCGACUGCUGCGGCACACUGCUCUGUUGCUAAGGAAGUUGGACGUGACGAGUGAGGAGACUCUCUUGAGUCUUGCAAACGAUGUCCACUCUGCCAGUCACUUGCCACGGCCGUGUGGCGCACGGGCGGAGGUUGCCAAUUCCCCCUCCAUGCAAGAAAGUGCGGCUAUCAUGCAAAACAUUGCCUUUAGUUCGCCGACUUCCAGGCUGGAGAUGCUCUCGUAUCUGUUGCGCAUACGAAGAAAUCCCGCGCGUUACACACGGAGCGAGCUGCAGCUGCUUCCUGUCUUGCUGCAGACGGUGUCAAAUAUUCGCUUGGCUGAGGCGCGGAUGCUCGAGGCAAAGAUUAUUGCUGAAGUCCCGCUCCCUGACAACGACCCUGUGCUUGUAGCACAGCUUUUUAGCUUUACUUCCUUUAAAGAGGCCCGGUGUCUUGCCUGUUUGGAUGCCGUGGCGACUGAGCAUCUCUCAGAGGAAGCCGCGGUGCACAUUAUUCGUUGUGCUGGUGCUCACCUUCGGUGGGGGACGCUGCAACGCCUCACGGCAGUAGCCUUGGGCACCGAGAGGUGUUCCACGUCCUCGUCAUCAUCGUCACCAUCAUUGACUUCAAGUCUGGUAUUGAAUGAUGCAUUGGAAUGCAUUUUGAUGACAUUGGUGACCCGCUUGCUGAGUUCGACUACGAGUGUAGAAAGAGACGUGGUACAGAUGUAUCUGGCUCAGUUGGUGGAACGGGUGGAUUGGGCCGGAAGCACCCCACCCGAUUCAGCCAAGUUAGCGCUGGAACGCCUCACGUUGUUCAAAAAACUAUCGAGUUGUGGGUUUCACAUACGUGCGCCGGAGGCCGUGGCGGCACUGGCGGAAAAGGCACUUGACCUUGAAUCCGGCAGUAGUAUGACCGGCACCCUUCAAUGCGUGUCAGAGGCACUGCCUUUGUUGCCUGAGGUUGGGCGGCGCCGAAGUUUGGUGGAGUGCAUGAUUCGCUACAAUGGCACUCGAUCGACGUCCUCGGUGAUACGUUUUGUGGCGUUGCUGGCACCCUUGGCUCUCACGCACGGGGUGCGCAACGGUGAGUUGGUGCAGCUGCUCCUCAAGCUGCAGACGCUGGAUCCCUUCAAGUUGCGCCAGGGCUACAUUGAGGGGUUGCCGAGCGGCGAGGACGCGUACACGGUGUUUGUGAUCCACGCGGUCAAUUAUCUCUUGGCGAGCGAGGAGUGGCGCACGUCUACGGACCGCGUCCGUGAGGCGGUGACGCUGUGGAUCCACGACUACCUCCAGCACGUGAUGCAUCUCUCCCGAAGGCAGAAGCUGGUAGGCGAAGCGAUACCCGACGACGACAAAGGCGAGGCUUCGCCGCCCCAUGAGCGGGACACGGAGGCCACCGUGGCCGCAGGUCCCAGUCCCGAACGUCUUGAAGAGAUCUUUUCUGCCUUGCUGCGUGCAGGAGUGAAGUUGCCUGAUUUUUUUGCGUCGGAGUUAACUGCUCGCGUGCGAAUCAUAGAGGGCGCAGAGGCGCUGACUGGUGAGACACGAGGCAAGGCACAUUUUCCUCCACCAGGGCACUUUGUCUUUUGCUGCAAACUUGACAUUGCGAUGGACGCGCCACUUUCUCUGGAACUUUUGGAGUACCUUCUCGCAACGUGUGACUGCCGUGUUCUCCACUUUGUCAUCACGGCGUUCCUUGUGCACGCCAAGGCCACAUCCCGCGAGCCCCGCACGUUGCUCUUGACAAAUCUGCGCCUGGUGUCCCAGGCACUCAGGCUGUUUCUUCACCGCAUCAAUGCGCUGGGCGAGGACUUGUCGACGGCCUUUUCCCCUUCUUCUGUGUCGUCUGUGGUGGCGAACACCGUGCGCUUCCUUGUGGGGUUCCUUACCAAGCAAGAGCGAAGUCAGCGAGUGCUCAAAUCUCUUCGCGGCACGCACUCAGCGGGGGAGGAGGAGGAAGAGGCGGUGGCGGCGGCGGCGGCAGCAGCAACCGACAACCGUGAGCAGCUCCUAGCGGAACUGGCAGAGGUUGAGAAAUUGCUGUUGCGUUCCCUAGCACACCUCUCUUCUGCGCACACGAAGGACAUAGGUUUGCUUUUAUUGGACCGCCUGACUCUCUUGGCACCUGCCGCCGCCGACUAUCUGAUGUUGCAGCUGCAGAAUCAACUGGAUGAAUUCACGCAGGUGGAACUCUUUUACCUUGCGCGAAAGUACCCGCCGGCGCAGGAUGUUGUGAUGAAGGAACUUCAAAAGUACGACAUUGCCCUUUCCGUGGAUCUUAAUGAUUUUUUGCGGGUGACAAGAAAUCUUCCUAUGCCAGUGAACAGGAUGGUGAUUGAGGCACAUUUGCCAAAACUUACCUUUCAAUGGUGCACUCGACUUUUGUCUGCACUUGCCCUACGGCAUGAGUCUGUUCCUCUGGACCUGCUGGUCUCCAUGCUGGCCAGACUUGAGGCGGAGGUUGAAAAUGCAACGGUGAUGGACCGCAACGUGGCGCUCGUUGUGCUGCAAAAGUACCUCAACUACGAGGAUGCCGCGACAGAAGCCAACGCGCCACCCCAUCGACGACGGCUUGUUGAACGCUGCUGCGACCACCUUCUAGUGUUGGAAGGGAUUGACUCGCUGGACUCACUCUCCAGUUUUUUGGCGACUUUUCCUGAUGCCCUUGUGGAUGUGGUUGGGACAGCCAUUGCGGGGCGCGUUGUGUCCGCGGUGCUACCGGAGCUCUUGGCGGACGUGGACGCUCUUCUGACCCUCUGCCGUCUCCUGCAAAAGUAUAAAUUGCUGAAUGAUGCGGUGAGGCUCGAGAUAACGGACGGUUUCUUUGGGAAAUUGCUGAGAGCAGAAGGCAAUGCUGCGACAUCGUCGCCGGCAGCGGCGUCGUAUCCGUUGGGGAAUGUGCUGGCGCUGGCUUUGCUGUUGGCUGAGAGCGCCUCCCAGCGGGCCCCAUUGCGCGAGAAGGAUGGUCCAGGGACAGAUGGAGUGGACCAUGACCAUCAGGCCGCCGCUCGUGCUCUACAGGCUGUAAGGGUGCGCUACGUCUCCUUGGCGGAUCGGUUGGUGAUUGUGAGCGCACUGGUGGAACAAAAGGACGCUGUGGGGCUUGGGCAAACUCAGUCCAGGCUUGCAGAGGAGAUAGCUGCUGAAUUGGUCGCGGCGUGUGACAAGAUGACCUCCAGUGAAUUUUCUAGACUUCUACAAUGCAUCAGUCGACUGAAGUAUUGGCAUCUUGUAAAGCAAGAUCGUACUCACUUUGGUAGGGUCUUUCAGCAGACGUGCCGCGACGCAGAUGCUCAUAGUCGCUGCGUUGCCUUUAAGGCCCUUUCCUCGGAUGUGGAGCUCUUUUGUCACUAUGAGCCUCUUAUGAUGCCGCUGUUGUGCGAAUCUGUGGAGGUCAUGUCUCAGGAGGAUAUGGAGAUGGUCCUCUCCGCGGUGCUUCCUCUGCAGCUCACGGAGGCGCUGGAGUCGCUCCUUGACGCCAUUGGGACCCGUGUGUUGUCCAUGGUGGAUCAGUGCAGGCGCAGUACAUUGAUACGCGUGCUGCAGUGUCACGCGGCCUUUGGUCUUCAGGACGAUGCCCUCGUAUUGCGCCUCCUCGCGGUCUUGGAGGAGCAGUGUACGCGUGAGACGCGGCUGGACACGUCGCAGGCCCUCACGCUGCUUCAGGCCACGGUGGACUUGGAUGUUCCUAUUUCUUCAAAACUGGCGGUCACUUGUUUUGGUUGGUUGGAGCACCACGUUGAUGGAAUGACAAUGACCCAGUUGGGGCACGCCGCCCGUCUGGCAGUGGAGGUGGAAAUGGGUUAUACCGCGUCUGUGCAUGCUGUGGCAAUGCGAGCGUUGGAGCAGCGGGAGGCACUACGGACUAACGUGGCAUUUCGUGCAUCAGUGGAGUUGCUGUGUGACGAGUUUAGUGUGGAAAUACCGUGGCAUAUGAAGCCCACUGUGCUGCGCAGGCGUUACCAGGAGGAGAGACUGAAAGAGUACGUUAACAAGCGGCGAGCUGUCGUAUCAGAUGGAUUGAACUAA